UUGCAAAUUACAUAAAGGAAAAACACUAAACAAAAGGUUAAACCUAGAUUCAAGAAGAUGGCAAAAUCUCAUCUCCUCCAAGCUUUGGUCUUUGCAUUGAUUCUGUCAGGUUGGCCGAGGGUUUAUUUUCAAAUACUUUCUUAUUGAAUUUUUUUUUUUUCAUGUUGUUUUCCUUUGUGUUACUGUUUUAUUCAUACUUUUUUUUUUUUUUACUUACAGCAUUCCUACUUCCAGAAGUCAAUGGACAAAUAAAAAGAUGCAGGGAAACACUAUACCCAUCAGGAUGCACAUUAGUUGAUUGCGGUCAAAAGUGUUAUGAGAGACACCAGCAAAUUAGUGGCCAAUGUAUUGGAAACGAAUCCAUGACUAAUUAUGCUUGUGUUUGCGUUUGGAGUUGUUGAUAUCCAUAGUGUCUUAUAUCACAAAUGGCAAUUCUUUGCAGUGUCACGCAGUUUAUAGUUAUUAUGUGCAAAACUCCAUAUAUUUAUUGAUUUUCAUGCAUGUGGUUUACUUAAUUGCAUACAAAAGAAUAAAAAAUGGGUUGUAAUUUUUGAAUUGCAAUACCACUUCUAGAUUAUAUGCCCCAUACCACUAUAUAUUACUCAUAUUACAAAUUUAGGAAAAAAGAGGUAGAAGAAAGAAAAGGAGAAUAAGAAUAAGGAACAUGGUUGGUCUUUAAGGAAUAAUAAUAGUGGCGACGAGAAACUCCCUUUCUCUACAAAAUUUUAGGUCUUCCUAGAAUUACCCAGAUUCAUUUUACUGCUAUGAAACAAAAUUUUAGGAGAAUAUGCCUUCAUGUCCACUAUCACCAGCACACAAUGCAUCUCCGUCGACUCGAAUGAAUUUUGGAACCAGGAAAAUUUGAGCAUCCUCCCUUUAAUAUAGAAGUCUAGAUGGCUAAAGAGAGUCAUCGUGGAAAAUUAAAGCUCAGUAGAAAUCAUGUUCUACCAGGAGUUUGUAGAGAUGGCAUACCCCAAAGAUGCAAUGAGAGAUUCCAGAGCCUUCAUGGUCAGAUUCUCGGGUAUUAAAGUCGACACUAAGGGAAUCCUCAGCGCAAACUUGAUUAUAGGUUCUGACGGCUUCACUUCCACCCAACUAAUCAAGUUCCAUAGGUUGACUUCCCUUCACAUGUGAUUUCCCUCCCGAACAUGAAGUUGGCCCGAAAUGGUUAUUUACAUAGUGCAGUUUUUCCGAGAUCACGGGCAGGCUUCCGAUGUCACGAUCGUGACUUUUGACCGCGACAUUCCUGACAGUCUAUAUAAGAGGAGGAGUUGAAAGACAGAAGGGGGAUAUAGUGAGAGAUGGGGUCUUCUUCUUUUUGAUAAGAGAGAGAAAGUGACGAACAAAGGAAUAAGAAGGAGAUUUGGCCUUGCCCUAAACUAGAGGAUUGAAGGUUUUCUUCUCUCAAGGGUGAUUCAAACAACUAUGAAGGAGGAUAAUCAUCACACCAUGGUUCUUUCUUUCAUCUUUGUUGUUUUCCCUUGCCUAACUAUGGAGUAGUCUCCCUACUCGCUUGGGUAUUGUAAACCCUAGUCUAGAAAUGUGUUAUGAUGUAAGAACUUGACUCUAUGUGUGUUGAAUUUUUAUUUUAUAUAAUAUUUGAGGUAUUAAUCAUGAAUAUUGAGUGAUGUUUUCUAUAUAUCUCAUUGUUGGGUCAAUUUGACCUAGAAUGAGGAAAUUCCCCUUUGGUUCAUAAUGAGCUAGACCUCCUAGACACUUGGGUAACCCCUUCUUGGUUAAUCUAUGACAAACCUCAAAUAUUGGAUUAGUGCCAUGAUUCCAUCUUGGUUCUUGCGAUCCUAGUUGAUCGGUUAAGAGAGCUAGGUUUCCUAGCUUAUUGUUGCAAUCCUCAGCGAACGGUUAAGAGAGCUAGGUUUCCUAGGUUAUAGUUUCAAUCCUUAAUUGAUCGACUAAGAGAGUUAGGGUUUCCUAACUAGUUGCACCUGCAUCAUAGUAUAUGAACUCAUCCUUCACACUAGAGUUUCGUUCAUUGCUUCUUAACACGAGACUGGGAGAGUUAGGGUUUCCUAGCUAGAUUGCUUUUAUACAAUUGAUACUCUUUUGGGUAGCAUUUUGUGCAUUUUCAGGGUCGAGCAGCCUAGUGGGCCACUCGGAAGUCAUAGGGGACAUCGAGCUCAAGUUGCUGGAGCAAGAUUACGAAGAUCGGAUAUCAAUGAACAAAGGCGCCCACGACGCUGUUUUUACUAAAGGAAAGGCGGCCAUGGUGCCAUUUUGAUGAAGCCAACUGCUUCAUCAAGAAGCAGCAUGAUUCGUUGCCACGUGUUUGGAGACUUCUGAUUGGUCGAAUGACGCAAUAGGGGAGGUUUUCUUUCCUUGUAAAGCCUAAUGAAAAAUUUGUAAAUAGGCUCUAGAGAUAGAGUUAAAGGGAGGGAGACGAGAGGUAAAGGAAAGUUCAUUACUCUGCCAACAGAGCAACCCUUCUGACUUACAAUGAUGCCACCUUCGAGGGAGAAUCCGUGGUGAAAAAUGUGUCAUUGGGACCCUUUACUCUGUUACGAUCGUCGAUUUAUGUGGUCUCUUUGAGUAUUCAUUUUCAUCAAUGAACGCCCAGGACACCCUUCCCAUGGUUGGCUAAGUUUCUUAGUUGCGUAGGUAUGUGAACUCUAGGAAUGCACCUUUAUAUGCACGGUUUGUCAUCAUGAACGAGAGGUGAAGGACGGGUUGUCAUCAUGAACCAGCACGGAGGAAUUCACCUUAUAUGCAAUGCACGGGUGGCCACGAACCUAAAAAAAUGGAAAGAAAGUUUCCCUCUGAAAAGGGUAUCGUAUCGUUCGUGCUACCCCACCGAAACUGACAGAAAAGGAGAGGAAAAAAUGUGAAUUUAAAAUGGGUAAGGUUAAGGUGAAAAUGAAAUUUUUGUUCAAUCAAAAAGCAAUAAUCGUACAUUACCCAAACUAAUCUACAAACUCUCAAAUUCAUAUAUAUACUUCGGCCCAGUUCACAGUUGACUUUCAUGUUUGCCUGGCAUAGGGCUAGUGGUGACCGGUGGUAGUGCUGCUGGAAAUAAAGCAGCCCACUUUCUCAAGUGCUCCACCAAACCCAAGGCCGAAAGUAAAAUUGAGAGAAAAUCAUAAAACGGUAAAAGCGAAAUGGGGAAAAAUAUUACUCUGUAGAGCGUUGCACUUUUUCAAUUUUCAGCUUAGAAAGAGCUCUCACGGAAAAAGCGCGGGCCUUUUGCCCUUUCGUGUUCCCUUACAUCUUCCAAAUACCCAUCCGCGCACGGAAAGCUUCGAUCUUCAAUCCCCAGCGCAGUCCAUUUUCCCUGAUAAUCUUGCGAUUUUGAUUUUCCGUCAUCCUUCUUCGCCGGCGACGCAGAAAACAAGUACCGUAAAGAGUUCUUUCACCUAGGGUUUUCACUUUUUCAUUUCAGAGAAUGAAAUUCGGGGAAGCAUUCCGAGAAUACCUACACGGAGACCAGGAGAAAUUCCUGGAGAAGUGCUCCCACGUCGAGUACAAGCGCCUGAAGAAGGUGCUAAAGCGAUGCCGACGCUCUUCGCUUGGCUCGCAGGAGGUUUGCCGAGACAGCCUAGAAGAACAAGAGGAGGAUCGUGAUCAAGAGAGCCGGCCCGGUUUCAAUCAAUUCUGCCAAUGCCAGUCCUGCCCCGUGUGCGAUCAAAUGUUCUUUUCCGAAUUGAUGAAAGAAGUAUCGGACAUAGCUGGAUGCUUCAACACUAAAGCUAGGCGGCUCCUCCACCUUCACGUGGCCAAGGGGAUGCAAGGGUAUGUACUGUGGUUUCGUCAGUGCUUUCGAGACGAUAAGUUAGCUAUGGCGGAGGAAGGAAGGAUGCUGAUGGAAUAUGUUACCAUGAAUGCUAUCGCCAUACGCAAAAUCUUGAAGAAAUAUGAUAAGGUGCAUAGCUCUGUGAAUGGAAAUGUUUUCAAAUCUAAGAUGCGAGCCGAACACAUUGAGCUUCUGCAAUCGCCUUGGUUGAUUGAGCUGGGAGCUUUGUUUUUGAACAUCAAUGGAUUAGAUGGAGGACGAUUCAGUGAGUUCUGUGGGAAUUUUUCGUGUGAUCUCGAUGCUUCGGAACCUGUUAUGAGGCUUACCUUGCCAAAUUCUGUUGCCAUAGACUACAGUUUGACAUGUGCCAUUUGCUUGGACACUGUUUUUAACCCAUAUGCUUUGAGCUGCGGCCACCUUUUCUGCAAGUCAUGUGCUUGCUCAGCUGCUUUUGUACCGAUAUUCCUUGGGCUAAAAGAAGCUACUCCAGAUUCAAAGUGCUCAAUCUGCAGAGAGGCUGGCGUAUAUCAGAAUGCGGUGCACAUGAUGGAACUGGACUUACUGCUGAAACAAAGGUGCAAAGAGAACUGGAAAGAAAGGAUGGUAGCAGAACGUGCACUGAUAGUCAAGCAAACCAAGGAGUACUGGGAUAUGCAGACCAAAUACGCAAUCGGUUACUGAAUUUUGGGUAGCUGAUAGCCAGAUAAUUACAAGUGAUUCUUCAUUCUAGUGAAUCUAGAUUACUUAUAGGGUGGAGUUGAUGUAGACACGAUGACAGACAGAUCUCCUUCCUAUAUUGUCAGCAGGUGCAGUUGAACUUAUUAUUGCUGCCCAUAAUGUGGAGUGAUUGCCAGUGAUUAAGGGGUCAUAUAUGAUUGUGAUGAAGGUGUUUUGCUCAAUGUUCAGAAGCCAUUUGAGAAUUUGGUGUUGAUUUUUAUGCAACAAGAGAUUAGUUUUGGAAUGGAUUAGUUUAUGCGAGAAAAGAUAAGAAGUUGAGCGAAACCCAAUUCGUUCAGGAUCUGCAAUUCAAAGCAAGCAUGAUUUACAGUAUAGAUUACUACUAGAAAAGAAAUCACUAAAAACCCUAAUUAUGUAGUAGAUAACUGGAGAAUGACAGAACUCAAAGAAACAAGGAAACCUAUGCUAGACAAGUGAUCUCCGCAGUAGCUACCUAGUUGCAACAACUCAACCUAAUAGUUUGCAGACUGAAUGAACUGUUGAAUAAGAUUUCACACCGUGCUAACCAAAUGAACAAUCUGCCUAGUUGCUAGCAUAGUUGCAUAUACGCAGCAGCUGCCUAGUUGCAACCACACAACCGGAGAAUUUGCAGAAUGAAGGAACUGAUUAAGAAAAUUCAUACAGCACUUACGAAACGAACAAUCAGCCAGGUUGCCAGAUCGCUUAGCUGCUUAGUUGCAACCACUCAACCAGAUAGUUUGAAGAAUGACUGAACUGUUGAAUAAAAUUUCAUACAACAUUAACGAAACGAAGAAUCUGCGUAAUUACUACAUAGCAGCUGGCAUAGUAGCAACCAUUGAACAAGAUAGUUUGCAGAAUGAAUGAACUGUUGAAUAAGAUUUCAUAAAGCGC